CCUGCUUGCAUCAUUUCUUGUCUCUCUGGGCAGCCAGCAUACGCCAUGGUGGAACGAGUCCCCGAGUCCAUCAACUUCCCUUCAGAGGAGGAGAAUGUCCUGCAGUUCUGGCAAACAAAGGACUGCUUCCAGGAAUGCCUUAAACAGUCCAAGAACAGGCCCAAGUUCACCUUCUACGAUGGCCCUCCUUUUGCCACGGGUCUCCCCCAUUAUGGGCACAUCCUGGCCGGCACCAUAAAGGACAUUGUUACUCGCUUUGCUCACCAGAGUGGCUUCCACGUGGACCGGCGCUUUGGCUGGGACUGUCACGGCCUGCCCGUGGAAUAUGAGAUUGAUAAAACUUUGGGGAUCAAAGGGCCUGCAGAUGUGGCCAAGAUGGGCAUCGCUGAGUACAACAAGCAGUGCAGAAACAUUGUCAUGAGAUACUCCAGCGAGUGGAAGAUUUUAGUGAAUCGAAUGGGAAGGUGGAUUGACUUCGAGAACGACUACAAGACUCUCUACCCGUGGUUCAUGGAGAGUGUCUGGUGGGUGUUCAAACAGCUGUACGACAAGGGUAUGGUUUACCGAGGAGUCAAAGUCAUGCCUUUCUCCACCGCCUGCAACACCCCCUUGUCCAACUUUGAGUCCAACCAGAACUACAAGGACGUUCAGGACCCAUCAGUGAUCGUCAACUUCCCAUUGGUUGGGAGUGAAGAUGUGGCGUUAAUCGCCUGGACGACGACACCUUGGACACUGCCAAGCAACCUGGCCCUCUGUGUUAACCCAGAUUUCUUAUACGUCAAGGUCAAAGAUAACGCCACAGAGAAGACCUACAUCAUGAUGGAGGCCAGACUGGGAGCUCUGUUUAGGUCGGAGAGCGAGUACACUCUCCUCGACAAAUUUCCCGGCAAGACUCUGAAGGGGAAAAAAUACAAGCCUCUCUUCCAGUACUUUGCCAAGUGUGAGGAGACGGGCGCGUUCCAGGUGGUGUUGGAUAACUACGUCAAGGAGGAAGAGGGCACAGGAGUGGUCCACCAGGCACCUUACUUUGGAGCUGAUGAUUACAGGGUGUGCACCGAAUACAAGAUCAUCCAGAGGGACCAGGCUCCGAUCUGCCCUGUGGACGCCUCGGGCUGCUUCACUUCAGAGGUCACUGACUUUGCGGGACAGUAUGUCAAAGAAGCCGACAAAAAUAUCAUCAAGUGGCUGAAGGAGAAGGGUCGCCUCGUCAAUUCCAGCAGUGUCAAACAUAGUUACCCCUUCUGCUGGAGGUCUGACACUCCUCUGAUCUACAAAGCCGUCCCCAGCUGGUUUGUUCGAGUGGAGCACAUGGUGGACAAACUACUGGAGAACAACAGCAAAUGUUACUGGGUUCCAGAGUUUGUGCGGGAGAAGCGUUUCGGGAACUGGCUGAGAGAUGCACGAGACUGGGCGAUUUCCAGGAGCCGUUACUGGGGCACUCCGAUCCCUCUCUGGGUCAGCGACGACUUUGAGGAGGUGGUGUGUGUCGGGUCCAUAGCUGAACUGGAGGAACUGACCGGUGUCAAAGUUACUGAUCUGCAUCGGGAGAGCAUUGACAGCCUGACAAUCCCGUCGCGGUGUGGGAAGGGCGUGCUGCGGAGGAUCACAGAGGUGUUCGACUGCUGGUUUGAGAGCGGCAGCAUGCCUUACGCCCAGGCCCACUACCCCUUUGAAAACAAGAAGGAGUUUGAGGACUCUUUCCCAGCCGACUUCAUCGCCGAAGGCAUUGACCAGACGAGGGGAUGGUUCUACACCUUGCUGGUGCUCUCCACGGCGCUGUUUGGCAGACCGCCCUUCAAGAACGUCAUUGUUAACGGAUUGGUACUCGCUAGCGAUGGACAGAAGAUGAGCAAGCGCAAGAAGAACUACCCAGAUCCAGGACUGAUCGUGCAGCAAUAUGGAGCUGAUGCCCUCAGAAUGUACCUCAUCAACUCCCCAGUCGUGAGAGCAGAGAACCUGCGUUUCAAGGAGGACGGAGUCCGAGACGUGUUGAAGGAUGUCUUAUUGCCGUGGUAUAAUGCCUAUCGCUUCCUGGUACAGAACGUACAAAGGUUACAGAAGGAGGAUGAUAUUCAGUUCAUUUACAAUGAAAACACAGCGAAGCAGAGUGACAACAUCAUGGACAAAUGGAUUCAGUCUUUUACACAGUCCCUCAUCCAGUUCGUCAAGGCUGAGAUGGAUGUUUACCACCUGUACACCGUCGUGCCUCGCCUGGUCAAGUUUGUGGACAUGCUCACCAACUGGUACGUGAGGACCAACAGACGCCGACUGAAGGGCGAGAGUGGCACUGAGGACUGCCUGUGUGCGCUGGAAACCCUCUUCAGUGUUCUGUUCUCCAUGUGCAAGCUGAUGGCUCCUUUCACACCCUUCAUCACAGAGAUGAUGUACCAAAAUCUGCGUCACCUCAUCGAUCCCGCCUCUGUCGAAGAGAAGGACAGCAGCAGCAUCCACUACCUCAUGCUGCCCCAAGUCAGGGAGAGUGUGAUUGACAAGCGCAUCGAGAGCGCCGUCUGUCAGAUGCAGUCUGUGAUUGAGCUGGGCCGAGUGAUCCGAGACAGGAAGACUCUGCCUGUUAAGUACCCAUUAAAGGAGGUGGUCGUUAUUCACCAGGACCAAGAAGCCCUGAAAGACAUUCAGUCCCUGCAGAAAUACAUCCUGGAAGAGCUCAAUGUGCGGCAGUUGACACUAUCAACAGACAAGGACAAGUAUGGUAUCCGCCUGAGAGCCGAGCCAGACCACAUGGUGCUGGGCAAGAGACUGAAGGGGGCCUUCAAAGCCAUCACUGCUUCUAUCAAGGAGCUCACCAGCGAACAGCUCGAGGCCUUCCGGAAGAAAGGAUCCAUCGAGGUGGACGGCCAUGAGCUUCACGAGGAGGACCUCAGACUCAUAUACACCUUCGACCAGAGCUCUGGCUCAGCAGCACAGUACGAAGCACACUCUGAUUCACAGGUUCUAGUGCUGUUGGACGUCAGCCCGGACCAGUCCAUGAUGGAUGAAGGCGUUGCCCGAGAGGUCAUCAACCGCAUUCAGAAACUACGCAAGAAGGGUCAUUUGGUGCCAUCAGAUGAGAUAACUGUGUACUACCGCUGCCAGCCAGAGGGGCAGUACUUGGGCUCUGUGAUCCAGGCUCACACCGACUUUAUCCUGGCCACCACCAAGGCUCCACUGUUGCCCUUCCCCAUCCCCAAGACUGCCAGCGUCAUCAUAGAAGAAAAGACUCAGCUGAAGGGUUCAGACUUGGAGUUGACCAUAGUAAAGGGAUCUUCGGCCCCUCAAGCUCUUUUAAAUGGACCAGCGUGCACCUAUGUGAACAUCAGGGUGACGGUCAACAACAAGGAACAAGAGGGCGUGGUGCUGUUGGAGAACCCGAAAGGCGACAACAGACUCAACCUGGACACGCUGAAGAAAGUGUGCAGCAGCAUCUUUCGAACCAAGGACUCCCAACUCAGAGUAUUCAAUGGUGGAACUGAGUUGACCAGUAAAAUGGACCUCCAGGCUUUGAGCGGCUCCACGGUGUCGGUGACUUCAGGCUCUUCCUCUCCUGGUUUAGCUCAGACCACAGACGGCCUCCUGUGCCCUUAUGUUAACCUGGUGCUCUGCAACGCACAACCAGCUGAAUGCCAGACAGGAGAGGUGGGCACCCUCCUGCUGGUGAACCCAGUGGGUCAGAAUGGGCUCCACUACUCAGGCCUGCUGUCUGAGGCGGCCAAGGUGUUUGGGCUCCGCAGCAGACGGGUUAAACUCUACCUGGACCAGGACCUCUCCCAGGAGCUGCCAGCAGAUUCAUCUGUAAAAUCUCUAGACACCAAAACCCUGUUUGUGCGAGUUCUUCCAACAACUGCCGAGGCCUAAAUCCAGAAAUGACGUCUUUGGGAACAUUUGUCUCGGAUGCCUCGUGGGGUCCUUGAAUUAGGUUUUUUUACCAGUUAAAUUCCACCAGUAUUUCCUUUUGUUGUAUUUUAUUUGUUUUGGAAAUCCUUAAUUAAGCAGAGCAGGUUUGUCUGUUAAGUUCACACAUUUUAAUUCAUUGAGUCACUAUCACCCAUGUCUUGAAAUGUCUUGAGACGACUUAAGGCACAAAAUGAGUAUCUAGGUAUUUUGAUUUGUAUCAAUGGCUUUAACUAACCAUCAUAUUUAGACAAGACUUACAUAACUGUUCUUUCCCUUAUUAUGUCUUUCAAAUUUCUCACAAAUUAUAAGUGACAGUUUCUAUGAAAGAACAUUGUGUUGCUAUUCCUUAUAACUCUGGAUAGUGAAGAGAUACACAUCAUGUUUACACUAGAAAGUGGACACACACGAAGGAUUGUUAAUUCAUAACAGCUUAAUAGACCCACUGGAUAGAUGUGUAAGUGUGUGGUCAUGGAAAGGGGCAAUUGCCUUUAUAAAAGGAAAACCUCACCGACACAGAAAGAAAUGCCAAAGUCAUUUAUUUUACAGCAGAUUUCUUUUCAGUCAUGUUUCAGUUUUUCUGCGUGGUCAUAAAUAUUCCAGGGAACUGUCUAAACUGUCAAGAUGUCAAUAUUAUACCCAUAUAUGUUUUUCUCUUUAUUAUGCUUUUGAUCAAAAUUCUGCAAACUACUUCUUUUCAAUGCUUAUUUAAGGUGAGCUUUGUCCAGAAUAAUUAUUGCUCUUGCUCAUCAUCUGGAAAUCAAUUUGGCCGGCUGUGCUUUCACAUAAUUUAGAAUUUAACAGAUACAUCUGCUCUUCAUUGAAUUGGGAUUCUUUUCACAAUUAUUAAAGUUAAAUGGUUUGUGGGUUGCUGUACCUCGAGGACAAAAGGGUUUUCUAUUAAAAAGAGCAACAAAUGGACAAUGUACUAUUUUAAGUGGCAAAUUAAAUAAAUCAAAGGUGUGUUUUUUUCCUUCUGCUCACUAUUCCUCUGCAUGACGAGAAAGGACGGAUCAUAUAUGGGACUUGGUAUAAUUAUUAAGUACAAUUAUUCACCUUGAGAGUUCGAUAAGAAGAUUGAUGGACUCACAUCUGUCCUUUUAUUUGUUUGAACACUGUCACUAGCAUACAGUUAGCUUAGCUUAGCAAUGUGUUGAAACUGAAAUGGUUAUAGGGUUCUGUUCAAAGAUAAUGAUAUCCACAGGGAGCUAUUAAUCUUCCCUUCUAAUGCCCGGCUAGAACAUGCCUAAAAUGUCAAACUAAUCCUUUAAUAAAAUGUCUGCCGUACAGGAGAGGAAAGUG